GAAGUUGUAGCAAUUGGAGCUGCAAUACAGGCGGGGAUCAUUCAAGGUGAUGUAAGAGAUGUGUUACUACUUGAUGUGACCCCACUUUCUCUUGGUAUUGAAACUCUAGGAGGAGUAUUCACUCCACUUAUUGAGCGUAAUACUACAAUUCCUACUAAAAAAUCUCAGGUGUUUUCAACUGCAGAAGAUAACCAAACAGCUGUUACAAUUAAGGUGCAUCAGGGUGAAAGAAAACUGGCAGUUGAUAAUAAGCUACUCGGUCAGUUUAGUUUGGAAGGGAUACCUCCUGCUCCGCGCGGAAGGCCACAAAUUGAAGUGACAUUUGAUAUAGAUGCAAAUGGAAUAGCACACGUUUCUGCAAAAGAUAAAGCUACUGGAAAAGAGCAAAAAAUACGCAUUCAAUCUUCAGGUGGUUUAUCUGAUGAUGAAAUAAAUCGCAUGGUAAAAGAAGCUGAAGAAAAAGCGCAAGAAGAUGAAAAGCGCAAAAAGUUUAUUGAAGUGAAGAAUCAAGCGGAUAGCUUAGUCCAUUCUACAGAAAAGUCUCUGACAGAGUAUGGUGAUAAAGUUUCACCAGAAGAUAGAUCUGCUAUUGAAAAUGCAGUUAACGAAUUAAAAGAAGUUAGUAAAUCUGAUAACAUUGAUGACGCUGAUUCAAUACAGCAGAAAGUCACUAAUCUUUCUCAAUUAUCUAUGAAACUUGGAGAAGCUAUGUAUCAAGCAUCUCAACAAAAUAGUGCUGAAAAUGGCUUUUCAUCAGAAGGAAAUCCAAAUGAUAAAGAGGAAAAAGUAGUAGAUUCUGAUUAUCAAGACAUAGAUAAUAAAGAAGAGAAUAAGUAAUUGCGAUUGUCAUCCAAGUAGCUGAUACUGGGAUGACAAGAGGAGCAUAUUGUUGCUUAAAGAAACCAUUAUGGAUAUUAUUAAAACGAUAGAAGAAAAGAUACACGAUUCGAUAGAUGUAAUUGAUAUCAACAUUAUCGAUGAAUCAGCAAAGCAUGCUGAUCAUUAUUUUGCUUCAUCUUCAACACUACC